UGCUAAUUUAGCAUGGUUUUGAUGGGAUUUUUACGGAUAAAAAGCAUUUUCGAUGUAGUCUAUAGAACGUAUUCCACAAAAAUGACGCGUUUUCUUAACGUCGCAGAGAAAAACGAUGCCGCCAAAAAUAUAGCUGCUAUUUUAAGUAGAGGUAAUUCUAAUAGGAGAGAAGGUUUAUCGCCCUACAACAAAAUCUACGAGUUCGAGGGCAAUGUUUUCGGCCAGCAAGCUCAUAUGGUUAUGACAUCCGUUUCGGGGCACUUAUUGAAUUACGCUUUCACUUCUACAUACAAAAAUUGGCAGGGGUGCAACCCUGUGGUGCUUUUCGAGGCGCCUGUGGUCAAAAUAUGCCUCCCUGAUUACGAGAAGAUUAAGAAAACUUUGGAGAGAGAAAUCCGGUCGUGCCAGGGCCUUAUAAUUUGGACGGAUUGCGAUCGAGAAGGGGAGAACAUAGGUUUUGAGGUCAUAAAAGUUUGUAGUGACAUUAAGCCCAAUUUGAGAAUUUACAGAGCAAAAUUUUCCGAGAUUACUGGUCCUUCAGUCUUCAGAGCCUUAAGCAACUUGUGUCAACCAGAUAAGAAUGUGAGUGAUGCAGUGGAUGUUAGACAAGAGCUGGAUCUCAGAACAGGAGCUGCUUUCACAAGGUUGCAAACCUUAAGGUUGCAAAAAGUGUUUCCGCAAAAACUUAGCGACAAAUUGAUUAGCUAUGGGUCAUGUCAGUUUCCUACUCUUGGUUUUGUGGUGGACAGAUAUCAGCAAAUCGAAAAAUUUAUACCUGAACCUUUUUGGAAAAUAAAAAUGAACCAUCGCGUGAAGGAUUUAACGACGGAAUUUACAUGGAAAAGAGACAGGUUGUUCGAUAAAAACAGCGUGGAAGCGAUUUUGGAUAUUUGCAAGGAAAAUCCGCAGGCGAAAGUCGAAAGUGUCGAGAGCAAGCAGAAAAGCAAAUGGCGACCUGUGCCUUUAGACACUGUGGAAAUGGAGAAAGCUGCCUCGAGGAAGCUGCGCAUGAACGCCAAGGAGGCGAUGAAAAUCGCGGAAAAAUUGUACACCAAAGGUUUUAUAAGCUACCCGCGUACGGAAACCAACAUUUUCCCUAAAGAGUUGAAUUUAACGAACUUGGUGGAAAUGCAAAGGGAGGACCAAAGAUGGGGACUCUUUGCCACAAGAAUAAUGAACGAAGGCGGCCCUUCGCCCAGACAGGGCAAAAAAACCGACCAGGCUCAUCCACCUAUACACCCCAUAAAGUACACAAACACCUUAACCGGCAACGAGCAAAAACUGUACGAAUUCGUUGUGCGGCAUUUUUUGGCGUGCGUUCACAAGGACGCGCAGGGUUUCGAAACUGCCGUUAACGUGGACAUUGCCGACGAGAAAUUUACCGCCAAAGGUCUCAUCAUUUUGGAGAAAAACUACUUGGACGUGUACAUUUACGAGAAAUGGAACGGAAAAGAAAUAAACAAUUACGCUGAAGGAGAUACUUUUAUGCCUACACUGUUGGACAUGGUGGAAAGCACGACGGGGCCGCCAAAACUGCUCACCGAAGCGGAUCUGAUCGCUCUGAUGGAAAAACACGGCAUCGGAACGGACGCGACGCACGCGGAACACAUCGACACCAUAAAACAAAGGGAGUACGUGGGCUUGCACGAGAACGUCUACUUCGUGCCGGGCACCCUGGGCAUGGGCCUGGUGGAAGGGUACAACAACAUAGGUCUGGAAGUGUCGCUGGCCAAGCCGAACCUGCGCGCCGACUUCGAGAACGACUUGAAGCUGAUCUGCGAGGGCAGGAAAAACGCCGAGGUAGUCAGGGCCGACCAGAUACGGAAGUACAAGGCCGUGUUCCAGACGGUGGCGGAGAAGAUGCGGCUGAUAGACGACAGCUUGGCGUCGCGGCUGGACGAUCGGCCGCAGACAGUGCCCGAACAGGAUUUAACCGGUCGCGACGAGCACGCGCCGGUUUUGAAGUGCCCCAAGUGCGGGAGCGACAUGGUCCUCAGGAGCAAGAAAACGGGCGGCGGGAAGUUCAUGGCGUGCACCGGAUAUCCGGCGUGCAAGAACGUCGUGUGGUUCCCCGCCUGCGUGGAAAACGCCCGAGUAACCGACGAAGCUUGUCAGCAGUGCGGCCCGGGCGUGAAAAAAGUCAAAUUUAACUUCAAGCCGAAUCCGUUCCCGGGCGAUCCGAAUCCGAACACGAUUUGCAUCGCCGGAUGCGAUUUUAUCGUCUGUCAAACUUUGGAUAUUAACAUCAGUAAUGUUAGAAGAGAAAAUCAACAAAAUAAUACGCGAUUAAAUAACACAACGACAACAGCACGAGCCCCAACAAGCAACUUAAACAGUUGGUUGAACAAUUCGACGGCAGGUGGCAGUGGCAGAGCAAACGGCAACAAUUCCAACGCCACCGUGACCUCGAACUCGUAUCAACCGCAAAGCAACGGUUGGGCAUCGACGAGCCGCCAAUCGUCGGAAACAACGACGAAUCGCCCGCCGCCUGCGACUCGCGUGGUGCAAAACGCCGACCCGUCGGACAUUGUGUGCAACUGCAACCUGCAAGCUGUGCUGUUGACCGUGAGAAAGGACGGCCCGAACCAGGGCAGGCAGUUCUACAAGUGUCCGAACGGGGCGUGCAGCUUUUUCCUGUGGUUCGGAGACGACGGCGGCGGCGACGGUCCUUCGUCCGCUAACGAGGAUUCGACGCCGAAGUGCAACUGUCACCUGCCGGCGCAGCAAAAAACUGUGCAAAAGGAGGGCCCCAACAAGGGAAGGCAGUUUUACGGCUGCUCCAAGCCCAUGGGGCAGGGGUGCAACUUCUUCAAGUGGUGCGACGAGUUGUCAAAAUGGAUACAAUGUCAUGAACUGUCAAAUGAACGUGCCGAAAAUUUAAUAAAAACAUGGGUAUUUUGGAGAAAAUAUCGGAGAUCGAGAAGGAAAUCGCAAGAACGCAGAAAAAUAAAGCCACUGAGUACCAUUUGGGGUUAUUAAAGGCUAAAUUAGCAAAAUACAGGUCGCAGUUGUUGGAGCCUUCGAAAAAAGCCGGCGAAAAGGGAGAAGGAUUCGAUGUGCUGAAAAGUGGGGAUGCCAGGGUGGCUCUAAUAGGUUUUCCAUCCGUAGGAAAGUCCACAUUGCUAUCAACUCUAACGAAAACGGAAAGCGAAGCGGCCUCGUACGAGUUCACCACGCUAACGUGCAUCCCGGGCGUGAUAGAUUACAACGGGGCCAACAUACAACUGCUCGACUUGCCCGGCAUCAUAGAGGGCGCUGCCCAAGGCAAGGGCAGAGGACGACAAGUGAUCGCGGUGGCGCGCACGGCCGACUUGGUCCUGAUGAUGCUGGACGCGACGAAAAAAGACGUCCAUCGAGACCUGCUCGAGAAAGAGUUGGAGAGCGUGGGCAUAAGGUUGAACAAGAAGAAGCCCAACAUCUACUUUAAAGUGAAAAAAGGCGGCGGCCUCUCCUUCAACUCCACCUGUCAGUUGACGAAGAUCGACGAGAAGUUGGUGCAGAUGAUCCUGCACGAGUACAAGAUUUUCAACGCGGAAGUUCUGUUCAGGGAAGACUGCACGGCGGACGAGUUGAUCGACGUCAUUUGCGCCAACAGAGUGUACUUGCCGUGCCUCUACGUCUACAAUAAGAUUGAUCAGAUUUCCAUGGAAGAGGUGGACCGGAUCGCGAGGCAGCCCAACAGCGUCGUGGUCAGCUGCAACAUGAAGCUGAACCUGGACUACCUGUUGAGCACGCUGUGGGAGUACCUGAGUCUGAUCAGGGUGUACACCAAGAAGCCCGGUCAGCCGCCGGAUUUCUCGGACGGCUUGAUUCUGAGGAGGGGCGUCACGGUCGAGCACGUCUGUCACGCCAUCCACAGGACUUUGGCGGAGCACUUUAAGUACGCUCUCGUGUGGGGCACCAGCACCAAGUACUCCCCGCAAAGGGUCGGAGCCUCGCAUUCUAUGGCAGAUGAGGAUGUCAUCCAGGUCAUCAAGAAGUAAUCCUUUUCGUUAAUAUUAUUUUGGUUUUGCAGGACAGGGCGUUUCGAAAAUUACACAACACUUUGUAGAGGUGUACUUACUUCACUGUGUGGUGUAAUUUUUGGGUCGCCCUGUGUUAUGUUUAAUGUGUGACACCAAGUAAAAUAUUUAUAUUUUAUAUCGUCAUUAAUAUUAUUAAAAAUAAUAAUAUUCUCUCAUUAAAUAAAGAGUUUACUUUAU